AUGAAAAACAACAGCGAACCUACAGACAAGCCAGCCCAGGAAUCGAAACCAGAGGUCAAUAAGCCAUCGAAGAUCAAGGAAUUAUGGCAGAAAGCUGGCCUCGACGUGCCGACGGUCCUGAUGAUGUUCAAGGGCUCACUGCCUCCGACCAUUGCGAUUGCCAUGUUCCAAGCCAGAGGUGUUCAGGAGGUUUACCAGACGCUUGGAUAUCUUGUCGCCAUCACGUCGGUUCUGGGGAUGUGUAUCAUGCCGAGGGGGAUGUUCGUUCAGAAUAUGUUCCUCAACACCAUGGCCGCAUGCCUUGCUGCCGCGACGAAUCUGUUAGCACUCUACUGCGCAAUUCAGGCUCGCCUUCAUACUGAAGUUCCGGGUGCUCGGCCCAAUGCGUACAACUCGUCAGCUUCCGCCGUGCUGGCUGUUUGGCUGGUGUUCCAAACAUACUUGGUAAACUCAUUGCGAGGAGCACUGCCCCAGAUGCAGUUCCCCUGUAUAAUCUUCAGUAUUUUGAUGAUCGUCAGUUUGACGUACGGUACGCAAUUCGCUAGCAUGAGUUACGCAACAAGCUUCAUGCAGCGCCUGUUGGAAGCUUUUUUGACAGGAUUCGCUCUGGCUACCGGGGUUAGCUUGUUCAUCGUACCUUUGAGCUGUCGAAAGGUGGUAUUCAAAGAGUGGGCGGGUUAUCUCGGCCUCUUGGGUGGCAUGCUCGCUACGCAGGCAUCCUACUUGCGAGGCUUGGAGGAUCUGGACCCGGAAGCCAUCAUCAAGAAACGAAUGGAAGAGGAGCAAAACCCGAAGAAAACGCAUAGCAAACCCCAAAAGCAACCUUUGAUGCUCGAAACACCAGACGCCCUCAAGCUGAAAGGCAUGCUGGAGAAACUCUACGCCCUACACACCAAACUGCCUGGAGACAUCAACUUUGCCAAGCGGGAGGUUGCAGUUGGAAAGCUAGGAGCCAAGGAUCUGUCGCAAAUCUGGAGUCGAAUGCGAAUGAUCAUGAUCCCGAUAUCUGGGCUGAACACUGUGAUUGAUGUGUUGAUCCGGAGAGCGCAGAGCGGUGGAUGGGGCAGGAGAGAUUUAUCCGAGCAUGAAGUGAAGACUCGCAACAAGCAGAUUGAGAAUCUGCACGAACUCAUGCGCGCGCUCCAUGGGCCUUUUGCCUCGAUGAGCGGCAGCAUCAAUGGUGCCUUCAAGCACAUUCUCAUCACGCUGGAGAUUGAGAAGCCACCAAAGAAGAAGGCAGACGAAGAGCAUCAAGGCGGUGCUGCUCAGCCGGGUACACCUGGUUUCGCCGAGCACUUCAAGACAGAGCUGGAUGCGUUCUUUGAUUCGAAAAAGCAGUCUUUGCUGGACUGGUGCAAGGCGCACGACAUCGACCUUCCCCACGACUUCAUGGACAACAGUUUCGUGAAAACGGACCCCAUUGCCUUUGAUCAGGAGCAUUUGCAGGAGAGAACGCAGAGACAGCUGUUCUUUGCCCUAUAUGUGGAGUAUCUCCUGUGGCGGGCGGGUCAUGCUACUCUGGAGCUGGUACUGCAUGUCGACAAGCGGAAAGCUGAAGGCGCUCUGAAGAAGACAAGACUUAUUGUCCCUGGAUUGAAGACCCUCCGCAAGUGGCUUCGGUCCAUGUUCUGCAAAGAAGACCUCCAAGACGAAGACCAAUACACACAGGACCUCGACCACGGAGGUGUGGACUCGCUCAAUCUUGGUGAUUCCUAUGGCCAGAGGAAGGACCCCGAACAUCUCCCUCCUCAGAACUUCGGCGAGAAGGUUGGCGAAGUCAUACGGUUACUUCCUAGAGCUCUUAGAAGUGAUGCCUCUGCCUUUGGAUUCCGCGUCAGUCUGGCCACGAUGUCGGUCGGUAUCAUCUGCUACCUCGAAGCCAGCCAGCAAUGGUUCCUUACGAAUCGUCUGCUGUGGGGUAUGAUCAUGGUGCCCCUAUCCAUGACCAAGACCGCCGGGCAGAGCACUUGGAGUUUCGCGCUGCGAAUAUUGGGAACUUUUGUUGCGAUGGUGGGAACGUACAUCAUCUGGUAUAUUGUCGAUGGCAAGACGCCUGGAGUCAUUGUGUUCCUCUGGCUGUGGAUCUUCCUGGCGUUUUACGUCGUGCUGAAGUUUCAGAAGCUGGUUAUUGUGGGCAUUCUGUCUUUGGUCACUGCGAUUUUGAUCAUUGGAUAUGAGCUGCAGGUUAAGGCACUUGGAAAGACAGUGUCUGAAAGCAACGGCCAACCCGCCUACCCGACCUACCUGCUCGCACCCUACCGACUCGCCACAGUCUGCGGCGGUCUCUUCGUCGCCUACUUCUGGACCAUCUUCCCCUACCCCGUCUCCGAAAGCACCCUCCUCCGCAAAGACAUCGGCGGCACGCUCUACCUCCUCGCGAACCUCUACUCCGUCGUCCACGAAACCGUCAAAUCCCGCGUCCAGAAAAUCGACGGCGACUCCACCGUCAAAGGCACCCGCGGCUACCACCUCGAAAAAGCCCGCCUGCAAGUCUUCACCAAACUCGUCUCCCUCCUCACCACCCUGCAGCAAAACUCCGCCUUCUCCCGCAUGCAGCUCCGCGUGGGAGGCCGCUUCCCCCGCGAGGAAUACGACGGCCUGCUGGAAUCCAUCCGCCGCGUCCUGCAAUACACCUCGCUCGUCUCCUACGCCAGCAACACCUUCUCCACGCACAGCGGCGGAGACUCCGAAUGGGCGCACGAUUUCCGCCUGCUGCUCGCCUCCGUCAAGGCCACCUCGCACCAGGUCACCUCCCUCCUCGCCCUGUUAUCCAACAGCAUGACGCACGCCCGCGCCCUGCCGCCGUAUCUUGAGAUCCCGAAACCGGCGAAAUAUAUGAAGACGAUGACGCGGAUCGAUAAGGAUAUUUUGAGCGUAAGGCAUAUGGCGGAGCCUGAGUAUAGUGCUUUUGCGGUGAUUACGAUUUGUGCCAUGUGUAUUAAUGAGGAGAUUGAGAAGAUUGCGAGGCAUGUCAAAACGCUAGUUGGGGAGAUUGAUUUCUCGUUUCACGUUGUUAGCACGAGUGAUGAUGCGAGCGAUGAGAGUUUGGUUGGUUCGAUGAUGGGAAAGGAGAAGGAGCUGGAGGAGGAGGAUGCGAUGGAUGCUGCAAGGGGGCGCUGA